GAACCUCUCAGUGUUCAGAGUGACUUGUGGAAGAGUGGAUCUGCAAUAAUGGGGCCUCUCCUUAUCGCAUGUCUUAUGACGACGUAUGUCCUAGCCGGUCCGUCGAACACCACUUCUCCCAAAGGGCCGCCGCAAUCUAGAUCCUCAAGGGAGCAGUAUUUGUUUAACGUAUUCGAAGUCAUCGUCUCGACGUUAGAAACGAAGUUACAACGGAUAGAGAAUCUAGAUCGAGCGGUAGAACAUUUAAUGCGGAGAGUGGAGGCGUUAGAUUCUCGGAUAAAUGAUAAUAUUGAUAAGACCGAGUCGAUAAUCAACAAUCUCAGGUCGUUAGACUCGAAAUUAGUCAAACCCCUGUCGCCUUUGGCAGACAACAAACUCGAUAUGCGGUUAGUUUCUUUAGAUCAAAAGGUAUCGGAUAUCGAUCUAAAAUUAAACGGAUUGAAAAAUCAACUCGACACCAAUUUCCUUCCCGCUGAUGACAUCAACGCGGAAGCUAGCGAAAAGAAACCGGUCAGCCUCACAGCCCUGGAUGUGACCAAAGUUCUCAACGGAGAACUCGAGACGCUCAGGAGCAACACGGCCAACCUCGACAGAAAGCUUCAGUUUCACAUUAACGUCGUUUCAGAGAGUUUAGGCAAAAUGCUCACGAUGAUGACGGACGUCCACGACGCUAUCGUCGAGCCUAUCGCCGUUCAGUCCGCCCACCCUCAACCGUUCAGGAACAGGACGUCCACUCCGGGCCCGAACUCGGCCAAAAACUCGAAAUUAGACAGACUGGUGAGGCAGAUGCAUCCGAUGUUGAGCGUAUCCAACAAAAUGGACGAGGUUUGGAACGUGGUCGUCGGCACUAAGAGUUCCGUCGAUGAUUUAGUGCCGAAAUCGGACGAGCUUCUGACGCAGACUCAGAGGCAAGAGCGCGCUAUCAACGACAUCCACGCCGACCUCAGAACCAACACGAACAAAAUCAUCGCCAACCUCGAUAUGGUAGAGAAAAGACUGAAGAAACAAGAAGAGGACGUAGUCACCCUCGCACAGAGACCCGUCCCGGCCGAACUCCUUCUCGACCCCACGAUCGACAGGCUCGUCGAAUACGACCAGAACAGAUAUAGCGUAGAACAAGACGAGGUUACCGAACAAGGCCCGUCUGUAGUCACGUUUACGACUCCUACACCAGUGACCAGCAGCUCGCCGGCUACGACCUCCACCCAGACGAUCACCAACCAAGGGUCAUCUUCCUUCGUCUCCAAGCAAGCAAAAAUCUCCACGAGAAACAGGGGAGUCAUCUUUCCCAGUGUCAAGAACAAACCGUCCCCGGCAAACACAACCUUUACGACCGAUCAAGUCGCACCGACAUUCAAAGAUGUCAAGGGUUAUUCCUGUCUUGAUUUGCUUAACGGCGGAAUGAGGCAAAGCGGAGUGUUCUACCUACAGAUCAGAGGAACGACAUACUGGUUUCUGAAAGUCUUCUGUGAGCAGGAAACGGCAGAAGGAGGAUGGACUGUCAUCCAAAGGAGGGACGAUUUCGGGGAACCGAGAGAAAACUUCAACAGAGACUGGAGCGACUACAAGAACGGUUUCGGCGAUCCGGCCAAAGAGUUUUGGCUUGGAAACGAAAACAUCUACAUGCUCACGAAUAACGAAGAACACAUGCUUCGAGUGGAACUCGAAGACUUUGAAGGAAACAAAAGGUAUGCACAGUACUCUCACUUCAAGAUUUAUUCAGAAGGAGAAUACUACAAACUCGAAAUCGACGGUUACGAAGGCAAUGCAGGUGAUUCUCUCAAUGAUCCGUGGUACGGUAGCAACAACAGUCCAUUCUCAACAUACAAUAGGGAUAACGAUAGGUCAAGCCUUAACUGUGCUUCGAUGCUGAAGGGAGGAUGGUGGUGGAAGUCGUGUGGAAGAGGUCUCAAUGGUCUCUAUCUUAAUGACCCACAAGACAUCACUGCAAGACAAGGCAUCGUUUGGUUCAGAUGGAGAGGAUGGGAUUAUACACUUAAGAAGGCAUCUAUGAUGAUCAAACCAAAAUCUAUGAUCAACCAGACAUAAAUAAUUACUCUCUCUUCUUUACACAAGCUGAAAACCAACAUCAGUUUUGUUUUAUAAAAAAAAAUUAAACAAAUAAAAAAAAUUCAAAUUUAAUUUUAACAGUUUAGCUCAAAUUGAA